AGAGGCGGGACGGGGCGGCCUGGCGGCGGGAGCCCGCCGGCCCGGGGCCAAGAGCGGACGCCGAGCGCCCGCCCCUCCGCGGCCCCGAGGAGGGGGCCGGUCCGCGGCCGAGGCUCCCGGCGCUCCCGGGCUGGACGCCGCCCCACUCGUGCUUCCUCGGUGGUAGCCUUCCGAGGCGGCUUGGCGGGCGCUUCCCGGGGACUCGCCAGCCCCCUCCCCGGCUCCCAGCCGCGGCCCUCGAAGCCCAGAAUCAGUUACUGCGCGAUUCAUUAGCCAGACUGAAAGGCACCCCGAGCACGCCGUGUGGUUUUUAUAGACAUAUACAUAUGUAUAUAAUAUAUAUGUAUAUAUGCAUAUUUCCCUUAUUCUUGUGGCGUAAUUCGAAAUAAUCGAAAUCCCCGAAGCCUUUAAAUAUAACCUAGCCUUUUUUUUUUUCCGUUGCGCUUCCUUUCUAAUGGGUAAUGAGCAAAGCCCCCCUCCCCCAUCUCAAAUAUAGCGUGUGUGUUGAAAAAUUUCUAUCACAAUGAACGUUUGAAUGUACGUACUUGUUUUUCUGUGAUCAUGGGAUUAUCGAAUCAUGGAUUCUCCAGCUGGACAAAUCGUUCAGAAAUAUAUGCCUACGCCCUUAGUGUACAGAUGAUUAAAGACAAAAAAAAAAAAAUACAAAACCCGGUCUGGAAGUUCUAGUGAAAGUAGAACUACGUCUCUGUUUCUAUAUUAUUAUGUGUGAUGUAACCUGAUUGAGUCACUCUCUGAAAUAAAGUACGUACUGUCUAUGCUAAGUGAUUGUCACAUGCAGGUUGGAUCUCGAUGUUUCGAUUGUGUCUUUAGUGCAGAAUGAGGAUGAAAAAAUGAAAACCUUUGAGUGCCUACUAUACCUGGCAAGUGCUAGGAAGCGUUUAUCCCUAAUCUUAUUAAGUCUUACGAUACCUUGUUCCUAAUAUCCUUAUCUUUAUUUUUAAAGAGAUGGAUGAGUCACUGAAUAGAAACAACUUAAGUCACCAUUUGACUUCAGGGGCAUCAGGUUCCAAUCUUUAAUCUAUUGAAGACAAUGAAGUAUAUUUGCCUAAUGAUGAAAUUUGGACCUAUGAUAUUGAUAGUGGGUUGUGGACAAUGCACCUAAUGGAAGGAGAACUCCCUACCUCCAUGUCAGGAAGUUGUGGUGCUUGCAUUAAUGGAAAGUUGUACGUUUUUGGCGGAUAUGAUGACAAAGGAUACAGCAAUGGACUUUAUUUUGUUAAUUUGCGAAGAAGUGAUGGAAACUACAUUUGGGAAAAAGUCUCCAAAGUCAAAGGACGGCCACCCACACCACGUGAUAAACUUUCCUGCUGGGUAUACAAUGACAGCAUAAUAUAUUUUGGUGGCUAUGGGUGUAGGAGACACAAUGAACUCCAAGACUGUUUUGAUGUUCAUGAUGCAUCUUGGGAAGAGCAGAUAUUCUGGGGAUGGCAUAAUGAUGUUCAUGUAUUUGACACAAAGUCACAGACUUGGUUUCAACCAGAAAUUAAAAGCGGAGUUCCACCACAGCCACGAGCAGCACACACUUGUGCAGUGCUUGGAAAUAAAGGCUAUGUCUUUGGAGGACGUGUUUUGCAAACUAGAAUGAAUGAUUUGCAUUAUCUAAAUUUAGAUACCUGGACUUGGUCUGGAAGGAUUUCUAUUAAAGGAGAAAACCCUAGACAUCGGUCAUGGCAUACUCUAACGGCAAUAGCUGAUGAUAAGCUUUUCUUAUUUGGUGGAUUAAGUGCAGACAAUAUUCCCUUAAGUGAUGGUUGGAUUCAUAAUAUUAAAACAAAUGGCUGGAAACAGCUUACUUACUUACCUAAAACAAGACCCAGGUUAUGGCACACAGCCUGUUUGGGAAAAGAAAAUGAAAUAAUGGUGUUUGGUGGGAGCAAAGAUGAUUUACUUUCCUUGGAUACAAGUCAUUGUAAUGAUUUGUUGAUAUUUCAAACACAGCCUUAUUCACUGGUCAGGUUAUGCCUUGACUGCAUUGGUAGAAAUGCUCUACUUUUAGAGACUCAGAUAUCUUUAUUACCGCCUAAACUUCUGCAGCCAGUACUGAAAAAAAUAACAUUUUGGACGGCAACUAAUCACCGAGAAGAACAGAAAGCCCAAAAAGAAAAAACCGGAAAUAGAUAUCAGUGGACUAGUAGCUUUAUAACAACUUGAAAAUACAAUUGUUAAAUAAUAUUAAUAGUAUUCAGUUCUUUAAUUAUUAAUUAUAUAUAAAUAAAUAUUAAAUAUUAAGCUGUUAAAAGAAAAUGUUAAUAAAGUAGGUAUUAACAACGUUAAGUUGUUAUAUACCCAAUAUAUAUAAUUUGUUUAAAUACUUUAAACAGGCUGUAUGUAUAUAUAUAUACUCCCCAAAUUGGAGGCUUUAGUUAGAAGAAAAAAACUUGAACAAAAAUGCUGUGUUAAAGUAACUGUAUGUCAUGGGAGACAUAAAAACAAGAUGUUCUGAUAUAUUAGUUUAUAUCUAUGUUUGUAAGUUAACUUCCUUAUAAAUUGCAGAAAAAAUAUUAUUUCUGAAAAUGAGUAAAUAUUAAGGAUUUUAAUUAGUUGUAUAUGCUUUUGUAGAAAGAUUCUAUCUAUUUGAGGAGAAUAAGAAAUUACCCAAAGUAUUCAGAAAUCUCCCAGGAUUACAAUAAAUUACCAUCACUUUCAGAAACUCAAGUGACCAAAAAAAAUACCUGAAGCUCUCUUUAAAUAACCAAGACAUUUAAAUAGCAUCUCCUUAAAAAACUAGUACAAGCUGGCCAAAAAUCAUAAAAUAGCCAAACCUAGUAUGAUAUUAAAUAUUGAACUCCUAUGCUUUUGGAACUCACCUAGUAACCUUAGAUAUUAUUUAUUUUUGAGUCGGGAAGAAUGUCUUCUCUUGUCCUUUUCUUGUCUCUAGAUUGUGUGUUUAUCCAGUUUUAUAAUGACCAUGUUUAAAGUUUAAACAGGAGAUUUAUUUAGCACACUGACUUUACGAUGUUGAGAGUCAUCUGUACUAGCUUUUCAGAUGUGUUAUAAUACAUUUUGCUCUUGAAGAGUAUUCUUCAAGGCUGGGGAGAUGGCUCAAAGUUCUGGAUCGCAUGUUUGGAACCAUUAUGUGAUUCCCCAAAACAGCUGUGAGCAGUUCCCCACUCCUGGCACCGAGGCAGGAGUAAUUUGGUAUAGCAGAAAAAAAGAGAAAAGAAAACCAGAAAUAAAAAGAAAAAUAGUUCUCCUAUGGUUCUUUUAUAAUGCUGUUAUAUAAUGGUAUAUAACCUUAUUACCAAAUAAGGAUGGUAAUCUAAUAAUUUGCCUUUAUAAAUACCCUCUACUGAGCCUACACAGUACUACAGAGUUGGUGGUCAAAACUCAGAAUAUUGGAAACGUUAACUUCCUAGUUAUGUUCAGUAUUGAUGCCUGUACAGCAAUGGAACACUGUUUCUUUGGUAUUUAACAUUUUUCAAAUGGUACUUUUAUUAGAGUUAAGGAAUUGUUCAUAUAUCACAGUCAUAUCCUUUUACUGAACUACUAGCAAAGAAUUACUAAAAGUUAUGCAUAUAAAAUUACUUCCCACAGUACAAAAAUGCAUGUUUUAUCUGAAAUUUUAAGUGUUAGAGAAAGCAUAUUUCUAUAUUAAGAUGUAGAAUUGUGUAAUUUAUAAAGAAAAAGUUGUUUGUAGUAUCGUUGAAUUUUGGAGAUACAUUUUAUAUAUAUGCUGUAUUUUGGAUGUGUAAAGCUUAUACUAUCCUAAUACUUUGUGUUUACAUUUUAUUUAUUGUACAAAGCAUAUACCAAUGCUGUUUUCCUUGUUAGUGUGACUCCAUCAUUAGAAUCGGUGGUUCAAGUGA